UGGGAUGCUUUCUCUCUCUCUCUCGCACAUAUAUAGUGUAGUAUAGAUGUAAGCACACACACAGAGGAACAAAUGAAGCUAAUAAAUCGAACGUAUUGGGGGCACCAUUGAUUAUCAUACUUUAGUGGGGCUAAAUUCAAAAUAUAUUUUCUUUGAAAAGAUCCGAAUUCUCAGUGGACAGCCAAUUCACACCUACUCUGGAUCCAUUAUGCAUGUAUUUACCAUAUCUGCUUAUAUAAACUCAAUUCACCACCCUCCAUGUUUUGAAAUUUGAAUCCCUCUGCGUUUGCAUUUUCUGUGUCUCUCUCUCGAAUCUUUUUCACAGAUUCACACAACUCUUGGCUCUUUAUUGGAGCUCAAUUUCUCUGUUUUGUUGAUGGUCAUCUAAGCGAUACAAGAAAAAUAACAAGUUUCUCGGAAUCCUCGCUUGGUGAAAGAUGGUUGCCUUCGGCAAAAAGUUGAAGGAAAGACAAAUUCAAGAAUGGCAAGGAUACUACAUCAACUACAAAUUAAUGAAGAAGAAAGUAAAACAAUAUGCUCACCAAAUUGAAAUUGGAGCAUUAGACCACCGACAUGUUCUCAAGGAUUUCUCUAGAAUGCUGGAUAGCCAGAUUGAAAAGACUGUCCUUUUCCUGUUGGAACAACAAGGGCUACUGGCAAGCAGGAUAGCCAAGCUUGGAGAACAGCAGGAUUCCGUUCAACAGGAGCCGGAUAUAUCCAGAUUAUCUGAAAUACGAGAAGCUUAUAGAGAAGUGGGGCGAGACCUUUUAAAGCUUCUCUUUUUUGUUGAGAUUAAUGCAGUUGGUCUGCGUAAGAUACUGAAGAAGUUUGAUAAACGAUUUGGCUAUAGAUUCACUGAUUACUAUGUCAAAACUCGUGCUAAUCAUCCUUAUUCGCAGCUGCAGCAAGUGUUCAAGCACGUGGGGUUGGGGGCGGUUGUGGGAGCUAUAUCUCGCAAUCUUGCAGAUCUUCAGGAUUGUCAGGGAAGCUACUUAUCUAUUUAUGACCAACCUGCUAUCGCCUUACAGGAUCCUGUUGUUGAUUCAAUUAAAGCAGCCGUCGACAGAUUAACCUACUCAACAAACUUCCUUCACUUUUUGGGACAACAUGCACUUAUAAUGCAAGAAGAGGAGUUGCCUACCCCAUCUGAGGAACGUUCUGAUGAUGAGAGAUACCAUUUUAUGUCGCUUAUCUUGAACUUGGCAAACACAUUUCUCUAUAUGGUCAACACAUACAUUGUUGUUCCAACAGCCGACGACUAUUCUCUGAGCCUUGGUGCUGCAGCAACUGUUUGUGGGAUUGUGAUUGGUGCGAUGGCUGUUGCACAGGUCUUUUCUUCAGUGUAUUUCAGCGCUUGGUCAAAUAAAUCAUACUUCAAACCUCUAAUAUUUAGCAGUAUAGUUCUGUUUGCGGGAAAUAUCAUGUACGCAUUGGCUUAUGAUCUUAAUUCAAUUGCGGUUCUUCUACUUGGUCGUCUAUUUUGUGGUUUGGGUUCUGCCAGAGCUGUUAACCGGCGUUAUAUCAGUGACUGUGUACCGCUCAAAAUCCGCUUGCAGGCUUCAGCUGGUUUUGUUAGUGCCAGUGCUCUUGGAAUGGCUUGUGGCCCUGCACUUGCUGGCUUGCUUCAAACAAAUUUUAAAAUUUACAAGAUCACAUUUAACCAAGACACUUUGCCUGGCUGGGUUAUGGCUGUAGCAUGGCUUUUGUAUUUACUUUGGUUGUGGAUCUCAUUUAAAGAACCUCUGCGUGAGACUGAAAGGCAACAUGUACCUCAAGGACCAAAUGCUGAUCAAGAGAAGAAUGAUGUACUUGAAGAAGGUCUUGCACAGCCAUUACUCUUAGGUUCCAAAGACAACCAACAAGAUGAAGAUGGUGACCAAGAAUGUGAUGUAAGUGAAGAAGCUCCUGAGGAGUCUCGUGGACCAGCCACUUCUAUAGGAUCGGCAUACAGAUUACUCACACCAUCUGUGAAGGUUCAAUUGCUGAUUUAUUUCAUGCUAAAAUAUGCAAUGGAGGUAUUACUCUCAGAAUCUAGCGUCAUCACCACAUACUACUUUCAUUGGUCCACGAGCAAAGUGGCACUUUUUCUUGCAUGUCUUGGCCUAACAGUUCUUCCAGUAAACAUUGUUGUUGGAAGCUAUAUCAGCAACAUGUUUGAAGACAGGCAAAUUUUAUUAGCAUCUGAAAUUAUGGUUUGCAUCGGCAUACUACUGAGCUUCCAUAUAGUAAUUCCGUAUUCUGUGCCACAAUAUGUCUGCUCAGGACUCAUAAUGUUUGUCUUCGCCGAAGUACUAGAGGGUGUCAACUUGUCUCUCCUCUCUCGGGUCAUGUCAUCUAGGCUAUCCCGUGGAACCUACAAUGGUGGAUUGCUUUCAACUGAAGCUGGAACAAUUGCUCGAGUGAUUGCAGAUGGCACGAUAACAUUGGCUGGGUACUUGGGCAACAGUAGGCUCUUGAAUGCCACCUUACUCCCUUCGCUCUUGAUUUGCAUAACCUCUAUUAUUGCCACCUGCUGUACCUACAACUCGCUUUACUAGUUCAGUCUCUUGGAUUAAAAAUUAUCAUUAGGUCCCAAUUUAUAAACCAUUGCCAAUUCUCUCUAGUUAGGUUAAAAAAUGUUUGUGUUUGGUCUAUAUGUCAUUCAAUUCUUUGCCUUUCAUGUAUCAAUCAAUAAUGCUGUGUAAUUAUGAAAAUAAUCCAUUGAUUUUCUCCCUGGAGUCAGAUUCUAAUAAA